GGAACAAAAUGGCAGCCCCCACGCUGCGGGGUUUGUGUUGUUUAUCCAGAGCUUUAGGAUGGUGGUCUCGGCAGCCAGUCCUGGUGACUCAGUCCACAGUUGUAGUUCCAGUGAGAACUAAAAAACGUUUCACACCACCUACUUAUGAACCCAAAUACAAAUCAGAAAAGGAGUUUAUAGAACAUGCCCGGAAAGCGGGACUGGUCAUUCCUCCGGAGCGUUUGGAGCGUCCUCUGCACCUGGCCUGUACAGCUGGUAUCUUUGACGCCUAUGUUCCUCCAGAGGGUGAUGCUCGCUUGUCCUCUCUCUCGAAGGAAGGACUGGCACAGAGAAGUGAGCGGUUGAAGAAGAAGGUGACCUCCCAAUUGUCAGUCCGGAAGAUAAGAGAACAUGAUCCUAAUUUCAAAAUAAAGGACUUCCCUGAAAAAGCUAAGGAUAUUUUUAUUGAAGCUCACCUUUGUCUAAACAACUCAGACCAUGACCGGCUUCAUACCUUGGUAACUGAAAACUGUUUCCCGGACAUGGUCUGGGACAUCAAAUAUAAGACCGUCCGUUGGAGCUUCGUAGAAUCUUUAGAACCGCCUCAGGUGGUUCAGGUUCGCUGUUCAAGUCUGAUGAACCAGGGCAACAUAUAUGGCCAGGUCACCGUCCGCAUGCACACCCGGCAGACUCUGGCCAUCUAUGACCGGUUUGGCCGGUUGAUGUAUGGACAGGAAGGUGUGCCCAGGGAUGUCCUGGAGUAUGUUGUGUUUGAAAAGCAUCUGGUAAAUCCCUAUGGGAGCUGGAGAAUGCAUGGCAAGGUCAUCCCCCCAUGGGCACCCCCUAAGCAGCCCAUCCUUAAGACGGUGAUGAUCCCUGGGCCCCAGCUGAAACCUGGAGAAGACUAUGAGGAGCCACAAGGAGAGGCCCAUAAACUUCAGCAACCCUGAUGGCAAAAAUGACUCCUGGGGUGAAACAUGGCUGAUGAGAUGGCCAGAAGCUAUGGAGUCUGGGAACUGUGAAGUCAGUCAUCUUUUCAUCAUGCUGUAGAAAGACCUACCUUUGUCCUCUCCUGUCCUGCUUGGGUGUUUUCAGCUGUCUCCUUGGCAACCACGGCUGAUGGCUGGGCCCAGGUGGGUGGCUGAUAUGCACAGCCACGAACCCACUUCUCCCUUUUUAAACUGUGUUUCUAG